UCUCUCCACUUGUUCUUCUCCGGCUUGAGCAGAAAGGUUCUACACUGUGAUCAUCAUGACCAGCAGUUUCUCCACCGGUAGCUUCGUCUCCUCCUCUUCAGUUGCCGGGGGCAGUUUAUUGAGAAGCAGCUCAGGUCUGCGCCAUGGAGCCAGCAGUGUGUAUUCAGGAUCUGGAGGGUAUGGAGUGCGCAUCUCCACUGCCAGAAGUGUCGGAAGUGACUUCAACAUCGCUGAUGCCGUCGAUGUUACAGGCAAUGAGAAGCUGACCAUGCAGAACCUGAACGAGCGCCUGGCUACCUACCUGGAGAAGGUGCGCUCGCUGGAGAAGGCCAAUGCUGAACUGGAGCUCAAGAUCCGCCAGUUCCUGGAUGGCAAGGCCUCCCCUGCUGCCCGAGACUACUCUGCCUACUUUGUCACCAUCACUGACCUCCAGUCCAAGAUUCAGGGUGCCGUUUCUGUGAAUGGAGGGCUGUACCUGAACAUCGACAAUGCCAAACUUGCUGCUGAUGACUUCAGAGUAAAGUAUGAGAAUGAGCUGGCCAUGAGGCAGUCUGUGGAGGCCGACAUCUCCGGGCUGAGGAAGGUUCUGGAUGACUUGACAUUGGCCAGAUCGGAUCUGGAGAUGCAGAUUGAGGGUCUGAAAGAUGAGCUGAUCUAUCUGAAGAAGAACCAUGAGGAGGAGCUCCAGUUGGCCCGAUCUCAGAUGAGUGGACAGGUGAACGUGGAGGUGGAUGCUGCACCACAGCAAGACCUGACAGCAAUCUUGGCUGGAAUCCGUGAGCAUUACGAAUCUGUGGCCACUAAGAACCACAAAGAAAUUGAGGCCUGGUUCCAGACCAAGAGUGAAGCACUGAACAAAGAGGUGGCCAUCAGCACAGAAACACUCCAGACAUCCAGAUCUGAAAUCACAGAGGUCAAGCGCACACUUCAGAGUCUGGAAAUUGAACUUCAGUCACAGCUUAGCAUGAAAGCGUCUCUGGAACACACUCUGACUGAGACGCAAAGCCGCUAUGCACAAAUGCUCGCCGGCUAUCAGGUUCAGGUGACGAGUCUGGAGGAGCAGGUGGGGCACAUUCGUGCUGAUCUCGCACGCCAAGCUCAGGAGUAUCAGAUGCUGCUGGACAUCAAGACCAGACUGGAGCUGGAGAUCGCAGAGUACAGGAGACUGCUGGACGGAGAAGCAACCAACACUACCACAACCAGCUCGAGCUUGAGCUCAAAAACUCGGAAGGUGCUGAUCGUCACAGAGGAAGUGGUGGAUGGUAAAGUGGUCAGUUCCUCUAGUACUACUGAGAGCAAAACCAUCACCAAGUAAGCAUGCUGAGUCUCCACACAGCGACGAGAUGAUUUCCAUACCUGUGAAAUUCAGGACAUCUCUCGAUGCUUACCAAGUAAAAUAAAGUCAAGUCAAAGCA